AUGAAAGCCCUAAUUUUGAUAUCCAUCGUCUUCCUCGCGUUCUCCCCCAAAUCAUCCGCUCUCCAAAUCCUCUCCAAAUCGAAACUCGAAAAGUGCGAAAAGGCCUCGGGACCCGACCCGCUCGACUGCACCUCCAAAAUCGUCCUCGACUUGGCCGUCCCCAGCGAGUCGAGUGGCCGAGAGGCGUCGCUAGUGGCGGAGAUAGUUGAAGCCGAGGAGAACUCGAGCGACCACAUGCGCACCCUGCGGGUCCCGCCAGUCGUGACUAUUAACAAAUCCGCUGCUUAUGCGCUCUACGAGUUGACGUAUAUACGGGAUGUUGCUUAUAAGCCCCAAGAAUUUUAUGUUAAGACGAGGAAAUGCGAGCCUGAUGCUGGAGCAGACAUCGUCCAAAUAUGCCAGAGGCAAUGCGUUUUUGGAACUCGGGUAUUAAUGUUGAUUUAUGUGUUAAUUUGUUUGAAAAGGUUGCGAGAUGAGAAUGGUCACAUUAUCGAGCAUACGCAGCCGACUUGCUGUCCUUGCGGAGACCAGCGCAGGGUCCCAUCAUCGUGUGGAAACUUCUUUGACAAGUUGGUGAAAGGGAAGGCAAAUACAGCCCAUUGUCUUCGUUUUACAGAUGAUUGGUUCCAUGUGUUUGGUAUUGGACAGCGCUCGGUUGGAUUCAGUAUCCGUAUUGAGAUUAAGACGAAAUCAAAGACAUCGGAAGUGAUUGUCGGUCCAGAGAAUAGAACUGCAAUAUCCAGUGAUAAAUUCUUGAGGGUGAAUAUGGUCGGAGAUUAUGUGGGAUACACUAAUAUUCCAUCUUUCGACGACUUUUACCUUGUUGUUCCUAGACAGGGCGGUCCGGGUCAACCUCAAAACCUGGGAAGCAAUUUUUCCAUGUGGAUGCUUCUCGAACGAGUCAGGUUCACAUUGGAUGGUCUCGAGUGCAACAAAAUCGGUGUCGAUUUUGAGGCUUUUAACGCGCAGCCGGAUUUUUGUGCAGCGCCCUUUUGGAGUUGCUUGCACAAUCAACUUUGGAACUUUUGGGAUGCAGACCAGAAUCGGGUUAGCAGGAAUCAGGUUCCUCUGUAUCGUGUGCAGGGAAGGUUCGAAAGGAUAAAUCAGCAUCCGAAUGCAGGAAGUCAUGCAUUUUCGAUAGGGAUUACAGAAGUUCUCAACACAAACCUUUUGAUCGAACUAAGAGCUGACGACAUAGAUUAUGUCUACCAAAGGAGCCCAGGGAAAAUUUUAGGUAUAACGGUACCGACUUUUGAAGCGUUAACACAAUUCGGUACUGCAACGAUUACAACUAAGAAUGUCGGUGAAGUUGAAGCAUCUUACAGCCUUACGCAUGGAACUCAUAAUUUUUCUUUGAUAGGACAGGAACAAUUUUACAUAAUGAAACCGAAAGAAGUAAUAAUCCGAUCAUUCAAACUGUAUCCAACGACUGAUCAAGCAGCAAGAUAUGCAUGCAAAGCAAUACUGAAAGACUCGGAUUUUGGCGAAGUUGAUAGAGCCGAAUGCCAGUUUACCACUACAGCUACUGUUCUUGAAAAUGGAUCACAGAUUCCAUUUCAACCUCCAGAGACUAGUGUAAGUGGUUUUUUCGGCUCGAUUAAGGAGAUGUGGAGAAGGUUAUGGACCAGUUUAGCAGAUUUCGUCACCGGAAAGAAUUGCAGAAGCAAAUGCUCUGGAUUUUUCGACUUCAGCUGCCAUAUACAGUAUGUAUGCAUGAGCUGGAUCUUGAUGUUCGGUCUGUUUCUAGCGAUCUUUCCAACAGCUGCAUUGCUUAUCUGGCUUUUGCACGAAAAGGGUCUUUUCGACCCGAUAUAUGACUGGUGGGAGGAUCACGUGUGGACUUUCGAGUCGCAGUAUAGAGAUUCCGAUCUUUCACUCGUCCACUUGAAGAGAAGAAAACACAGGCAUGAACAAAGGCAUCCUAAUCAUCAUCAUCAUCGUCAUCAAAAACACGGAAAUCACAUGAAGCUGCCAAGUCAUCACGUUGACCCCGGGCAUAAAACCAGAUUAGGGGAAGCUGAUUACAGCUAUUACUUGCACCAUGUGAAUAAGGAUCGGCACAAGCAGGCUAGGCACAAGCGCCCGGUUUUAUCUGAACAAGCUCACUUGAACAGAGUCGAGUAUGAGAAGAUGGGGCAUCAUCACAGGAGAAGAAAAGACCGGCAUUUGGUGGGCUCGGGUGAGAGCAGCGUAAACCGAGAUGAAUAUUCAAAGCACAAGAAGUUCGUGCGGGAUGAUAGAUAUUUGUAG